AUGGUGGGCUCUCCCCUCAUGGAGGAGGACAUGUACCUGGACCUCUUCCUGGACCCCUACACCAUCCAGGAUGACUUUCCUCCAGCUAUGUCUCAACUGUUCAGCCCUGGAGCACCUUUAGACCUGCACCCACUUCACCCAUCCAAUCCAGAGACUGGGUUCCAUUCACAUUUUGGUGAAGUCAAAAAGGCAUCCAGUCACCUUUCAGCUGUGGAUCUAAGCUUCUUACCAGAUGAACUCACCCAAAAAAAUCAAGACCAAACUGUCAUUGGACACAAGCUGGCAAGUAAGGGAAGCUGUAGGACUCGAGAUGGGCAAAGGCAGUUGUACUUGCCUGAUGAACAGGGCAGUGGGCUGAGCUUGAAUAGUUCACCAGAUACCCAGUCAUGUCUGGGCUCUGAUGAUGCUGACUCCAACCAGCCCUCUCCAGAAACACCAAACUCCAAAGCCUUACCUGUGGCAUUGAUAUCAUCCAUGAUACCAAUGAACCCUGUUCCAGAAUGUUUUGGAAUUGUGCCUCAGUUACAGAAUGUAGUUUCCACUGCAAAUCUGGCCUGUAAAUUGGAUCUGAGAAAAAUAGCUCUGAAUGCCAAAAACACAGAAUACAACCCAAAGAGAUUUGCUGCAGUCAUAAUGAGGAUCCGAGAGCCAAGGACCACAGCCCUCAUAUUUAGCUCUGGGAAAGUGGUCUGUACAGGAGCCAAAAGUGAAGAGGAGUCUCGGCUGGCAGCGAGGAAGUAUGCUCGUGUGCUGCAGAAGCUUGGGUUCCCCGUCAGAUUCUUCAAUUUUAAAAUACAGAACAUGGUUGGAAGCUGUGAUGUGAAAUUUGCCAUCAGGCUGGAGAUUUUGGCGCUAACCCAUCGGCAGUUCAGUAGCAGUUAUGAGCCUGAACUUUUCCCUGGCCUUAUUUAUAAGAUGGUAAAACCACAGGUUGUGUUGCUCAUCUUUGCAUCUGGAAAAGUUGUGUUAACAGGUGCCAAAGAGCGUUCUGAGAUCUAUGAAGCAUUUGAAAAGAUGUAUCCUAUUCUAGAAAGCUUUAAGAAAGUCUGA